AAAUCAGAAAAGCUCCAAAGUUGAAUAUGAAUGUUUGACCGCGCUUUAAUUGUUUCCAUGGAAAUCCUUUACGAAGACCGAUCUCUACACGCAAUCUCAAUGUAUUUGGGCAUUGUGUAUUUGUAGACUUGGAGGGUUUCGUCCAGAACCGGUUUAACAGAUCCCGAUCAUCCACAAAGCAUUGUUUCCUGCAGUGAGUGAACCGAUCGACACAUGUUUUUAGUUUUUUUGCCACUCUUCACGAUCAGCUGAGCACACCUACAAUCCCAGAGCAUGGAACACAAAUCCCAAGGGUUGAAUUCCAACUCCUUGACCUUGACGAGACAUUGUCUGAAUAAUCUGACGAACAAACCAGAUGGUCAAGAGUUGGUGAGUUUACUCGUGUCCAUUCAGAGUGUGGUGAAAAACAUCGGGGCUGCCGUGAGAAGAGCGGGUAUCUCGAGGUUAUUUGGCGCUGAAGGUUCCAUCAAUGUCCAAGGGGAGGAACAGCAAAAGUUGGACAUUCUCGCCAAUCAGACGUUCAUCAAUUACCUUGGAAACUCCUUUGCCACAUGCCUCUUGGUCUCGGAAGAGAUGGACAAUGUGGUUGAGGUUGAGAACGAGAAACAAGGCAACUUCAUCGUGUGUUUUGACCCCUUGGAUGGGUCGAAUAACAUCGAUUGUCUCGCGUCCAUUGGAUCCAUAUUUGCGAUUUACAAGCGGAAAACGCCCAAGGGAACAGCUCCAUCCUUGGAGGAUGUCCUUCAACCAGGACGUCAACUGGUGGCAGCCGGAUAUGCUUUGUAUGGAAGUGCCUUGAUGAUGGUUCUCAGCACGGGCAAUGGAGUUAAUGGGUUCAUCUUGGACCCCUCUAUUGGUGAAUUUGUACUGACCAAACCUAAUAUUACAAUGAAUCAGACGAUCCGUCGUCAAUACUCCGUUAACGAGUCUUACCGGAACUCGUGGGAUCCUAAGAUCCAACAUUAUAUUGAUACCAAGAAACACGGAGAUGAGCCCAUACCACAAAGAUAUAUCGGAACGUUCAUAGCGGAUUUUCACCGAACCUUAAUGUACGGAGGAAUAUUCUUAUACCCGAAUAAUGCAGCCUCGCCCGCAGGAAAGCUCCGUCUUUUGUACGAGUGCAACCCAGCCUCGUUUAUCAUUGAGCAAGCGGGUGGGCGUGGUACCAAUGGAAAAGAGGACAUCUUAGAUAUCCAACCUAUCACCAUUCACGAUCGUACCCAAGUGUUCUUAGGAUCAAAGCACGAAAUAGUAGACUUGCACAAAUGUUUGCAUCAAUAAAAGUUACUGAGUAUA